AUGGGGAGCCAUAUGAAAAAUGUAUUGCUGGUUUCGUUUGGAUUUUUACUCUUGUUCACGGCGACGGGGAGCCUGCUUAAUCUACAGAGUAGUUUGAAUGCGGAUGAGGGCAUGGGACUGGCCUCCAACAGUGUGACAUUCUCCUCCAUCAUCCUGUCCUCCAUGUUCCUCACCCCCACCAUCAUCCGGUACUUGGGAUGCAAGUGGACCAUCUUCGUGGCCAUGGGGUGCAAUGUGGCCUACACCAUAGGCAAUUUUUACCCUAGCUGGGCGACGCUUAUGCCUGCCUCCGUCAUCAUUGGGCUUGGUGAGUCUCCGCUAUGGUCAGCCACCAGCACCUACCUAACCAUCAGUGGAGGCCUGCAGGCGGUCCAGGACAACAGGAAGAGCCAGGACAUCAUCAACCAGUACUUUGGCACCCUCUACCUCCUCUACCAAUCCUCGGCGGUGUGGGGAAACCUGCUGUCCUCACUCGUGUUUGGGCAGGAACCCACCUCUGUGAAUAUCACUGAUGGUGAUCUCCUCCUCUGUGGCGUGCACAGCUGUGGAGCUCCUGAAGUGAGCCUGGGGAACUCUACGCGACCGGACGACAGGCUGGUGUACACCCUGCUGGGCUGCUACGUUGGUGUAGGAGUACUGGCAAUGUUACUGGUCGCCAUAUUCCUGGAUAAUAUUGACAAGAGGACAGAUCCAGAAGAGAAGAGUGAGGCAGAGUCAUUCUCUAGCACUUUCUUAGCCACCUUCAGACAACUCAGAGACAAGCGGCAAGUUCUCCUCAUACCAGUGACGUCAUACAUCGGACUGGAACUGGGCUUUCUAAACGGCGAUUAUACAAAGGAUUAUGUAACAUGUGCCUUGGGAAUUCACUUUGUUGGCUAUGUCAUGAUCUGCUUUGGCGUCACCAGUUCCUUGUUCUCCUAUGUGUUUGGGAGGCUGUCACGCUACAGUGGCAGAGCGGCACUUUUCAUUUUAGCUGCAGUCACACAGCUCAGCUGCAUCCUGGUUCUUCUGCUCUGGAGGCCCCAUCCAGACCAGCUGCCCGUCUUCUUUGUGCUCACCGCUCUGUGGGGCAUGGCAGACGCAGUGUGGCAAACACAAACCAACGCUCUCUAUGGAGUGCUCUUCCACAGCCACAAAGAGGCAGCGUUUGCAAACUACCGUCUUUGGGAGUCGGUGGGCUAUGUGAUUGCCUUCGCCUGCAGUUCUUUCCUCUGCGUGGACGUGAAGCUGUAUAUGCUUCUGGCUGUUCUGCUGCUGUCUGUGUCUCUGUGCUGUGUGGUAGAGUAUCAGGAACACAGACACCCUACACCAGCAGUGGAGGAUUGCAAGUCUGUGGUGUCUGAUGAAAAAACAACUGUUGAAUCAAAUGCACUGUAA